AUGGAUUCGGCAUCUCAUCGCAUUGAACUUGACCCUGAGUCCGCUCUCAUAGUGAACUCAUCGAUAACCGCCAAAGGCUGGAAACUCGAGAGAUUGCUUCAAAAGGGCAAAAACUUCGUCAAUAUUCGUAGAGUCUCGAUGGAGCACCCUGAAAUGGUUCGGAAGGCCAUUGAUGAGCAUGAACGGGAAGGAGUUCCUCUCGUGAUCCAAGAUUGGCAUAAACAUGCACAAUGGGCAAAACAAAUCUUUGAUGCAGACUGGUUGCUGGAGAAAUAUGGAAACAACCGAGUAUCCGUGAGGAAUUGCCACGAUCGGAAUGACAAGUACAUGUCGCUUCGGGAAUUCAUUACCACUUCUCGAGCAAUGGACCCCUUCACCCGAUCAGAGGAGUCCGAACGCCUCUACGCAAAGGAUGCCGAGUGCCCAGAAGAAUGGAGGUCAUGGCUGCAAACAUCCAAAGUUUUGCCCGAUGAUCUGCUCCCUCAGGGUACCGAUGACCUUCUACAAUACUUGCCACAAGAGGAAGCCGUUGAAUCCUUGAUGUGCUACUAUGGCAUCGGUGACACUUUGACUCCUUGUCACAAAGACUUAUGUGGCUCUUCUGGCCAUAACAUCAUGUGCUACGUCGAGAAAGGUGGCUCUUCCUUCUGGUUCAUGACUGCAUCGAACGUUGCGCCCGACGUUGCCCAGUACUUCCAGAAGGAAUUCGGGGAGGAGCUCGAUUGGGAAACCCAUGUGACGACUGUAGAAGAAUUCGCAAAUGCACCAUUCAAUGUGUAUGUAACUGAACAGAGGCUUGGCGACCUGGUGCUAGUUCCUCCUAGGAGUUGUCACCAAGUCGUCAAUCAUGGAGGCUUGACCAUGAAGAUGUCGUGGUCAAGAAUGACUUUCAAAGGCUUGCGUACUGCUCUGCACUAUGAGCUGCCCAUAUAUCGCCGGGUCUGUCGGCCGGAACAAUAUCGCGUCAAGGCUGUUCUGUAUCACUCCCUCUUGCACUACACCGCUGAGCCGCAGCCAUCGCCAUCUACUUCGAUUGCUACCUCAAUCUCAAGCCGGAUGAAAUCCCUCAAAUGUCUUUUGGACUUAUUCGAUGAGCUCCUUUGCGAAGAAUUCGUAUCAAAGCGUGGACGGCAGAUCAACGUGCUCGGCGAGAAUCGCCCGGGUUUGCGGGCGCGACCUCCCUCCCUUCCGCAGAAUGAUAAGGGCCAGAAGAUUGAGCAAUCGCGCAACGUCGCCUGCGACUUCUGCGGAGCCGACAUAUUUCAGAGCUUCUUUGAAUGCCAGAGCUGCCUUUCGCAGGGCGCAGAGAAACCCGACCGAUAUGGAGAUGGCCUCUUGAUAUGUGCACCCUGCUACGUCGAAGGCCGUUCUUGUCGAUGUGGUGUGAUGACACCAGUGCAAUGCCGACCGUUUGUAGAACUCCUGCAGGACCGUAAUAACGCUGCGAAUGCAUUGAAACAGCUCAUAGAAGGGGAAUCUCGCUCUAUAGCGACAAUUGUUGCAGAGCUUACCGAGAGGUAA